UUAACCACUAGGACCCCUUCGCAAGGAUAACGCGAAAGGACGCCACGAACACACGGACAACCAAUAAUAUAAUUAUAAGUAAGCGCGGGCUAUUUGGAUAAAACAUUCGCUCAUACAAAUUGUUUCCUACUGACAGUGCAAAACAAAAAGUGAAGGCAGUAAUUAAUUUAGUGCAUGUGCACAAUAUCCUGGAAGUACAAAAGCGGAUACAUUUUACCUCUAGACAACUAAGUGAGACAAAAUGAAAACGUUCCAGACCAGCAUUAGUAGAGAUAUCCAAUUGUCUAGAAGUGACUAGGCGAAGUAGCGUGACCACAAGCAAUAAUCGCCAAAAGGAUCGGCAGGAUGCACCAGGUACUUAGCUACGAGACGGCAGUGCGGGCCAACAGCUCCCGCGAGUUCCGUGAAUACGUCUCAAAGCGCACUUGUGCUUCCUUGGUCCUAACGAUUGCCUUCUUCAUGCUGAUAACGGGAUACUUGCUGGGCAAUUUCGUAACCGAGCGCAAGUACCACAUACGCCAGAUGACAAAGGGCGUAGUUAAGGAUGCGGAGGACGACAGAUCCGUGAGGCUGAACAGCGCGGAGUAUGCCAGCCUGCAGGAGCUGCAAACAUAUCAGAAGGCCAAGGGACAGCUGCUGAAGUCCGCCCAGGUGCUCGACAAGCUUCAGCAGCAGGACGAGAGCGAACGGUACCUGGCCACCUCGCUGAACACGGAGAUCUUCAACAAGUACAUAUCCUGCACCCAGGACAUACCGCCCAACACGAACAUAGCGGCCAGCCAGUUCACCGAGCAGCUAAUCGACAAUACGGCGGCCAGGCAGCGCCACUGCAUGCGGAUCAUCCAGGUGGUCAUCGACAACCACCUGGCCAACAGCCAGCUCUAAGCUGCAGACCCGGACUUCUGGGAUGGUUUGGCGGACCAGUUUACGAAAUUCAUUACUUAUGUAUGUGCUUUUAGGUGUGCUCAAUGUGUGUGUGUUCCCAUCUAAUUAGAAAUAAACUUUUUUAUACAUGUCUGCAUUUAAAUCAAAAGUUAUA